UCACUAGUCGAGCUAGAAGGUGAUAUAAAGGUGUACGGAAGUCCGAUUCGAUCUGAUUUGUCUUAACAUCAGCUGAGAAAUCAAUCUAAUAGCGCGAAAUCCGUCGCUGCCACACCACAUUUUACCAUCAUGGUGGUGUGGGCGAUGCUGAUAUUGGCAGCGGUCGUGUUGACCGAUGCAGCGGUACCAGAUCCACCAGAAAAUUCCGGCAUCACCACGAUCGGCUCCAAAAAAUUAGCAACUGCCGCUGAUUGUGCUGGACUUGUCGCCUUCUCUGCAAUCCAAGGAUCAGUAAAUGAAGCUAAGCUCAUCCUCGCCGAGACGCUAGUAGACAAGGGAGUCGGUUACGCGGCACAAACAGGUAUCUUCACCACACAUUGUCCUGGCUUCUACCAAUUCAGUUUCGCCGGAUACGGUAGCACGGAUCUGCGGCUGACAUUGAAACGCAAACUGAACAAAUCCAACAGUUGGAGAACGAUUAUCAGCGCUGGUCCAGGUGGAGGAAGCAAUCUCGUCCUGCUAGACGUCGAAGCUGGUGAUCAACUUGCCGUCUUCGUUGAGUCCGGGAAGAUCAUCGACGGAGCCAGUUUCACGGGUCAUCGUGUUUAUAAAAGAUAAAUAAUAAUCUUGAACAAAUUCAAGAUACCGAUCACAAUUAUGGAAACAAAAUUGAUGUUAUAAUCUAAUAAAUCUCAGUCUAAAAUGA